CCUGUGGUCACAUGACCUGGUAGAAAAGUGAGUCUCCGGACCACAACCACCGAAUCAAGCCCCAAAAAAACCCCUCCAGGACACUGUAACACGGCUAACAUGGCAGGCUGACCUCCGAGGAACCAUGACGCUCCAGGCCCCCCGCGUAUCGGCGUUCACCUUCGAGUCGGCGGUGCACAGCACCCACGUCCUGCAGUGCCUGAACGAGCAGAGGCAGCAGGACGUGCUGUGCGACGUGACGGUGUUGGUGGAGAGCAGGAGCUUCCGGGCCCACUGCUCCGUCCUGGCCGCCUGCAGCGAAUACUUCCACAGCAGGGUCACUAAUGUGUCCAGACACAAUCCCGUCAUCACCCUGCCCGAUGAGGUGACGGCGGAUGGAUUUGAACCCCUGCUUCAGUUUGCCUACACAUCAAAGCUGCUUUUCACCAAAGAAAACAUCCAUGCCAUCCACAGCUGCGCUGAGUUUUUAGGAUUUCACAAUUUGGAGUCAGCAUGCUUUGAUUUUCUCAUCCCAAAGUUUUCCGAGGGCAAGAGAACCUCACAGGAGGUCAGGCAGCGAGCCUGCUGCCAAAGCCGGGAUCCCAGCGCCAGUUUUGGCUCCGGCUCAAAGAGUGGCCGACCAGAAUCAUUUCAGUCACACAGCUCAGUGCCUUCAGGAGAUGAUGAACAAACAAACUUCCCGUCACAGUGUUCUCAGAGCACACUGGGUCAGAUCCACGGCAGGGAGGAACACUUCUGUUUGGACAACUGCGGACCACAAAUGGCCCCUUUAUCUCUGGAUUUAACCGCGAGCGGCGUGUGCCCCAUGUUGUCCCUGCCAUGCUCAGACUCUGACAAAACAUAUCAUUCCUCUGAGUUUUCCGAAGGAGACAUUCUGGAGAUGGGGAACGAGUGUAAUCAGAGCGGGAUGAGUCUGGCAGAUUGCAGCUUACCCUGCGCGCUGCCAGCCCCCGAGGAGGUGAAUCCACCGGAACUCAUAGAGUCAGCAGACACAGAUAUAAAACAGUCUAUUGCGACUCUCGUGGCUGAAACCAACUGUAAACCCGGCUCGUGCCCGCUCCAGAUGCCGGGGGGAGAAGACUGCGGCGCGCUGCUCCAGGAGGGCCAGCCCGGCCUCGGAGGGGGCAUGGACGAUCUGACGGACCAGACGCUGAGCGCGGUGAGCCACGAGGACGGCUUUGGGGAGCGGAGUCGCGAGGAGCGGGAAGUUGCAGAACAUCUGGCGAAGGGGUUUUGGCCCGACCUCUGCCCGGCUCAGGCCCCGCCUCUCCCGCUGGAUCCCACGGACCAAAACAAUCUGGCGAAAGCAUCAGACUUCCACUGGCUGAAGCAGCUGGAUCUGAGCUCCAGUACAGGAGACUGUCCCUUCCUCAGGGGCCUCGGGACGGGCGAUGAACCUGCAGCACACAAUGACAGUUUGUCCCAAGCAGAGAAGAGCCCCUACAUGUCGUCCUCAUUCAACUCUGGGGACGAUUCAGACCUGGACACGGAUGGAGAUGCUGAGGCCAACAAAAGAAGAGCAGCAGAGAUUGACCUCCCAUUCCCAGUGGAGCAGAUCUCAGCAUUGAACCGGAGCGCUUUCCAGCAGCUUCUGAGACACCACAGCCUGACCCCCGAUCAGCUGGAAUUCGUCCACGACGUUCGGCGGCGGAGUAAAAACCGCAUGGCUGCGCGACGCUGCCGGAAGAGGAAGCUGGACAGCAUUCACCAGCUGGAAUGUGAAAUCAAAAAACUAAAAAGUGAGAAGGAGCGUCUGAUGCAGGAGCAAACCGAGCUGGAGCAGAACCUGGAAGACAUGAAGCAGAGCCUGUGCGGUCUGUGCAAGAGCGUGAGCAUCGAGUGUGGCUCCGACCCCCCGCUGGACGCCAUGCAGCUCCUCGCCAAACUCUCCCCGCAAAACUCAGACUCCGUCAAGACGGAGGAGCCGCAGAUCACCGUCCAGAUGGUGAGUUGUUCCCCGGAGGCGGAGCGAGACUCGGCUCAGAUCCCCCCCUCGCAGGCCGGCUCAGAGGAGCCCGCCUGCCCCGUUCCUGCAAAUUUGCUCGAUGCCUGUCUGGACAUGAACGACAGCAUAUGAUUGGACUCCAGACGGUUUAUGCAGAAGCACAGGAGAAAGGUGGACGGAGACUGUAUACUGUAAUCCUCUUUUGGGAUAGACACGCUUUUCCUGUGUAUUUUACUGAAUAAUUUUCUGCCCGGUAGAGAUAUCACCAGUUCCUCAAUAGUUGUAUUUCUACUCUGUAUUUCAAUAUACAAGACACACAGUUCAGUAUUCGUCAUAUUGAUGGUGCAGGAAAUGUUCAGGUAAUUCUCAAAAGUUUCCAUCUCCUAAAAUUAUGUUUGUUUUUCUCAGGAAAACUCACAAGCAGACUGUGUUUUAGAUCCCACUCAUGCAAAAACAGUUAUGGAAAUGAAAUCUUAUUUGUGUUUUAGCCUAAUUGUUCUGCUUCUAUGUACUGUAUCCAAAUCACUUUACUACUAUGCUGUUUUUUUAUAAUCAUGCAUUAACAGAACAAAUUACAGUAGAUUACUAGAAAAGUGUCACUGCUAACAUUAAUCCAUAAUUUCAUUUGAAAGCUAGUUUAAAAACCUGCCGGCCUCCGUCUGACAGAUGGUACUAGUUUAUCUGAUAUUGUAACAGAGAAACUUCAGAGAGUUUGUCGUUUGAUGCAAAAUGUGCCUUAUGCAGUAGUAAAGUGUAAGUUGAGAAGGCUAAAAGAAAUCUUUGUUUUUGUCUAGAGCACUGUUGCACAUAAACUCAGAGCUGAUAUCGAAGGCAUUCAUGCAUGUCUAGUAUUUUCUAUCCGAUGCUUUCAUGAAUUA